UUGUGAGCCCAGCCAUGGGUCUGCGUGAAUCCCCCUACGCCAGCUACUUCUUGGGGGGCUUGGAUGCCGUGGGCAGAGAGCUCCUGUACCCCAGCUACUGGCUGCUGAGCCAGCUACUGGCCCUGCAGCAGACCACGGAGGAGAAGCAGCAGCACCGGAGCCAGCUGUGCCCGCCGCCCCACGCCCUGGAAGUCCUGGCCAAAGGGCCCUUCCUGCUGCUGCUCUUUCUCGUCUCCCUGCCGCUCUCUCUGCUGGGCCUCCUGCUGUGGCUGCCCCUGCAGGGGGCACGCCGCCCUUUCGCCUACCAGCACACGCCCAGCCAGGCCUCGCCAGAGGAGUGGCUGCUUCCUGGCAAGGGCAAGGCCUUCCACUUCGUCAGCGCCAACAUUUGCCUCUUGCCGGACGGCCUGGCCAAAUUCAGCAACCUGGCACGGACCCAGUGGCGUGCCGGACGCAUUGGCCGAGCGCUUGUGCAGGCUGCCAGCCAUGCCACCCCACACCAUGAGAGCAGUGCCAAAGGCGACCCCUGCAAUGUCUCCAAGGGGCAGAAAUACGGGGCUACUGCCUCCAGCCCCCCACGGGCAUGUCUGAGCCCCCCUGCCACUGACAGCAGUGUGGCCAGCGAGGGGCCCCUUCUGGAAGGAAAGGCCACUUCGCCCUGGGAGAUCACGGCCUCCUUCCCCCCAGACGUGGACUUCCUGUGCCUGCAGGAAGUGUUUGACGAGGAUGCAGCCAAGCGCCUGCUGCGGCUCCUCGGCCCCUGCUUUGAGCACAUCAUCUACGACGUGGGCACCUACGGGCUGCUGGGCUGCUCCGCCUUGAAGCUGCUGAACAGCGGGCUCUUCCUGGCCAGCCGCUACCCGGUGCUGGCGGUGCAGUUCCACUGUUACCGCAAUGCCACUGGGGAGGACGCCUUUUCUGCAAAAGGACUGCUUUGUGUGCAGGUGCAGCUAGGAGCUUCCCAAGGGCAAAGGAUUGUGGGCUACAUGAACUGCACCCACCUGCACGCCCCCGAAACUGAUGCGCAGAUCCGGUGCGAGCAGCUGACCAUGGCUCUCCGUUGGGCCCUGCUGUUCCAGAACACGCACGCUCAGCCCGGGGACAUUGUGGCCUUCGACAUCUUCUGCGGGGAUCUCAACUUUGACAACUGCUCCCCAGAUGACAAGAUGGAGCAGGCCCAUGAGAUCUUCAGCCUCUACACCGACCCAUGCCGCAUCGGGCCAGGGCAGGACAAGCCGUGGGCGCUCGGAACACUGAUGAACUCCCUGACAAUCUACGAUGAGGCUGUGGCAACCCCAGAGACCAUGAAGAGGACUCUGGAGCAUUCCGAGGGGCGGCAGAAGUACCUGGCAGGCCCCAUCCAGGCGACCGUUUCCCCUGGCCUUUCCUGCGUCAAGAACGAGGGCCGGCGCAUUGACUACAUCCUCUACCGGGAGCACCCGGGCCCUGCAGAACUGAAAACGGCUGUGGAAAGAGUCUCUUUCAUCACCCAGCUGGCCAGCUGCUCAGACCACAUGCCCGUGGGACUGCAACUCUGGGUGGCUCCUGCGGCACAACCCGGAGCAUGAACAAGGAAGACGGGCACGUGUGUGGGCAAGGAAGACUGAGAUGCCCUUUGGAACCUUGGGCACGACACCUGCUUUCCUCCAGCACUUGGGCAGCUCAAGAGGAGCAAAAGGACAGCAGCUUCUGCAGCAACUCAGAGCUCUCUCGGCAAGUGGAGGGGUCUUGCCACUGUCUUCUCAGCCAAGUGGGCCGUGGGAGCGGAGCCCAGCUAAAUCCCACCCCCCGACUCGACAAGUAGCGAGUGAGGAAGCAGUUGCCAGGGAGGGGGGCACAGAGCAGGGAAGGAAGUGCAGCCGCUGCGGUCCACCCUCACCCCAAAGCCCCCCUCCCCAGUCCACUGCCAACAUACCACCCGUGGAGGAGGGAGGGAGGGAGGGAGAUGCCCCCUUCCCAACACCUCAUCGAUAUUUGUCAUAAUUUCUGUUUGCAAUUUGGAUUUUGUAGCGGAUAUGCCAGUGUUUCCAUGAACAAUACAAGAUUGCACAUUUCAGAAAAGUUCCUUGUUUCCUAAAUACUUGUGAAAAAUGACCUGAAAAAUAAAUCAUUCUCAGGGAGCCAAAA